GGGGAGCGUACGCAAUUACAGCAACAACCUCCGAAUGAAUGUCCCUGCUUAAGCACGGGAACCAGGUCGGUCCAUCUUGUCUUCUCUCAAGAUGCGGCUCUUCUCUUCAGUUUGUCUUGUCCUCCUAUCACUGCUGAGCGCCGUGUUCGCCAACAGCGCUGUGGGAGAUAGAGUCCUGGUCGUUCUUGAAGACGAAUCGCAAAAGGGACUCUACUCGCAGUUCUGGGCUGAUCUGGAAGGGCGUGACUUUAAACUGUCUUUCCAGUCUCCCAGAAAUGAGGACCUGGCACUCUUCAGACACGGCCAAUUGGCCUACGAUCAUUUACUCCUUACACCUCCAAAAUCGAAAGGCUACGGUCCAGCCUUGACUCCCAAGAUACUGCUUGACUAUGUCAAUGCAGGUGGAAACAUCUUGCUUGGUCUGUCCUCCGACGCGGGCACGCCUUCCGCCAUCUCUUCCCUCCUGCUCGAGUUUGAUAUCUCAUUGUCUCCCGAUAAGUCCUCGGUGGUAGUCGACCAUUUCAACUACGAUACCGUCUCCGCGGCCGAAAAGCACGAUGUACUACUGGUUGAUCGCCCGGGGCAGUUGAGGCCCGAUGUCGUCAACUUCUUUGGUGGCGACGGCACCCUAGCUGUGCCCAAAGCAGUUGGCCAGACCUUGGGAAAUACAAGUCCUCUACUAGCGCCGGUUUUGAAGGCGCCCGUCACUGCGUAUGCAUAUAAUCCAAAAGAGGAGGGCGAGAGCGUGGAGGAGCCCUUCGCCACGGGCUCACAAUUGGCGCUCGUAUCGGCAAUGCAAGCGCGCAACUCUGCAAGAUUCACAGUCCUCGGUUCGUUGGAAAUGCUUCAAGACAAAUGGUUCGACGCAUCGGUGAAGUCGCCGACCGGGAAGAGCGUGAAGACUGCGAACAGGGAGUUUGCAAAGCAAUUGACAGAAUGGACCUUCCAGGAGAUCGGCGUUCUCAAGGUCUUCCAUAUCCAACAUUAUGAGAUCAAGUCGGCCACCAAGGCGGGGGAAAAUACCACGCAGAUCAGCGAGUACGAUCCGGCUAUCUAUCGAAUCAAAAAUGACGUGAAAUUCUCCAUCGAAAUCGGCCAAUACGACCGAACACACUACGUGCCCUUCACCGUCCCUCCCAAUGAUGCCCUCCAACUCGAGUUCACCAUGCUCUCCCCCUUCCACCGCAUCCCUCUCCAUCCGUCCUCCGUGACCCCCAACAGCACCGUCUUCAGCACGACGUUCACGACCCCCGACCAGCACGGCAUCUUCGCAUUCAAGGUCAACUACAAGCGGCCCUUCCUCACUUACAUCGAGGAGAAGAGACAGGUCACCGUGAGACACUUUGCACACGACGAGUGGCCACGGAGUUGGGCCAUCAGCGGCGCGUGGCCGUGGAUUGGGGGCUUGUGGAGCGUCAUCUUGGGAUUCGUGGCCUUUGUCAUGGUGUGGCUGUACUGCGAGCCGCCCAAGGAGGAAGCCGAGCGGCGGAGGAAGUUGAGUGUGAGCACCCCUAGGUGAAUUAGGUGCAAGGCUUUUCGCCCCGAGGCGUGGUCAUGCUGGUUGGUUUCCACGGCGGAACAAGAAUUUCAAUGUACUCUAACGGGCUUCAUUGGCGGAUGAACUGAGCAUAUAUAAGGGAUUCUUUAGAGAGAAAAGGCUUCGAAUGAGAAAAGCGAUCAAUUCAGCAA